GAGAGCUAUGAUCCGCGGGACUACUAUUUGGCGGCCAUUAUGAUGUUAUGGUGAAGUGGAAAAGUUAGUUGCAGAUCGCUACAGGUAGGCAGAUUGCGUCUUUCAGUUUAAUAAAUUGGCGUAGAUUGGUUAUUCGGUUUUAAGUUUUUGACUGUAUGUGAUGAUAAGCUUAAAGUCAUCACUGAGGGGCGAAUACAUCCGUAUGUCUAUAUGCUGCUGUCAGAAACAAGAAGGUGUUUGGGAGAAAGAAUGACCAGUGCCUCUAUUCAUCCUUGUUGGAGUUUAAUAUUAUCAUGAUAUUUAAUACAGUCGACUCCCGAUAACUCGAACCUUCAAGGGAAAUCGAAAAAAGUUCGAGUUAUCGGGAGCUUGAAGGAAAUAGCCGGAAGUAAGGGAAAGACCAGUUUUUUACUCCAUAGUGAACAGUUUAAUCACAUUUAACUGUAGAAAUGUUAAGUUAAAAUGGGACGAGGCUUCUAGAAUAUAAAUCAGAACGUAACGUAACAAAACAUAGCCUAAAUAGAGCAUUCGUUUUAGCAUUUUGAUAAGCAAAGCUGUUUCACGUUAAAUUUGUGACAAGCAACAUUAGCCUCCACUAGUAAGCUAUAUGCCUAUAACACGUCAAUGGAAAGUUCAGCAUUCAAUGGUUCGGAUGACAGUACACUGUUUUUUCCCCCGACUUUAUAAGCGCUCAAAACAUGGUUUGAGUUAUCGAGGGUAAAUUUAUAUAGAAAUGAUCGGAGGGGAAACAAAAAUUACUUUGAGUUAGCAGGAGGUUCAAGUUAUCAAGGGUUUGAGUUACCAAGGGUGAAAUUACAGUGAAUGUAUGAAGGAAAUCCACAGGAAAUCGAUUUUGGUUUGAGUUAGCGUGAGGUUUGAGUUACUGAGGGUUCGAGUUAUCAGGAGUUUACUGUAUUUCAAGCUCAUCAAACCUCUUUGAAACCCUAGCUGGACUGGACACUGAACUAUUUCCUAAUCCCCUUCCUUAACAACUUGCUCAUCAAUGCCGGAUCAUCACACAUUUGUUGCAACAAAAACACAACCCUCUGGAGACAAGGUCAUCAUAACUGUAUAAAAUUAUAUGUGACCUUAUUUAGGAAAAGGGGGAUUAAGGUGAAUAACAAAAAAACGUGUUUUCUAUCGUUGUAAACAUAAACAUGUUAAAACACCUUUAAAACGUAUUUAAACAAUGUUAAAACACACAAAAAACACAUGCGCAAGAUUUUUAUGUCGAAAGAGCUUUAUACAAACGACGCGUUUAAACGUUGUUAAUUUACCUCAAAUGAGCGCAUAAUUACAUGGACACUUGCUUCAUUAUUGGGUGUCAUGCGGGGUUACUCUGAUUUAUUUGAAGCAAUGCAGCUCGACAAACCAUCAAAAACUUAAUUCAAGGACUCGGAACGGAGAGGAAAUGCGGGAUUGAUAGUCCAACCAAAUAUGGCAGAGUUCUUUGAGGAAGAAAACAAAACACUAAAAUUAAUACUCGGUGACUCAGGACGUAAAUCAUGAGCAUAAACUUCAACUGAAGUGAGGAAUGUACGAAUGAAUAUUACAUGAUGGAGCGAUAAACAGCAGCGGUGCAGAAAAUUCCCGAAUCACGAUCUGGGCUGCAAAGUGGCUGCAAAGUGGCUUCGAAAAGAUAAAAUGUUGUUACCGGUAAUGGCCUACCACUCGUCAGUACAAAAAAAAAAAGAAUUGCAGACUUCAAUAAUACAAUAAUCAUGAGACAUGGUAGAGGAGUUGACAAGGCCUUAGUAAGACAGGCUUACUCACAUUUCUUAGAGGUACAGUCAAAGUUUUCUCUUUAUAAAAGCUGGCGAAAAGCUGAUAUUUUCUGUUGUUACGGGGCGACCAGUGACCCUCAAUUCUCUAUUUUCCAAUUUCCCAUAAUACACUCUGUUUGCCCCCCAAAUUCUGCAUAAACCAUUGUUUUUAAAUGCUCCUGGGAGUAUUGCAUUUUCCCAAGAGCAUUUUAAGACAAUAAGUUAUGCAAAAUUUGGGGGGCAAACAGAGUGUAUUAUGGGCAAUUGGAAAAUAGUCAAUGCGAAAAUAUUCAUGUUAGUCGAACGAUAACAUAAAACAUGACGAAGGCUUGCGGCAUUAUUUCUUCGAUUCUGCUUGGCUUCUGGCGACGUGCUUUUGUCGCCAAAAAUUCCGAAGAGGAAAAACGAAGGAGUCGAAUGUGAAGGUUUUAAAGAGCAUAAAAAGAUUAAAACAAGCUUGAGAAAAAGGAUUGACCAGCCUGUUGGUGAAGCCCGAUAUGCUGAUAGAAACAUUUUGAAGCGUCGUGAGGUUGCCUGCGUGCAGACGUCUCCUAUUUCCUUUGUUGCAGCGUGCAACAAAGGAAAUAGGAGGCGUCUGCACGCAGGCAAUCGUUAGGUAGUCUGCGUUUCUUUGAGCAAUAUUGUUGGCUAUUGUAUUCAACAUGAAAACUACAGAAUCCGUAGGCUCAAAUUCGACUGCUUGCUCCAUUCUUAGGAAGACUCGAAAACCACAUCUUCUUUCCUGCAUGUGCUAAUUGUUUGGUUACUGCCGUUGAUAGCACGACAUUCUUGCACUGCAAGUGGGCUAAAGUCGGUGUGCAUGAGGCGCUCACAGAAAAAACGAUAUUAUAGAUGGAAUGUGAUUAUUACUGCAAUACAAUUUUUUAGCCACCUGCUAUGUAGAAAGGAAAGGCAAAAGGUAAGUUGCUAGUGAAUUGAUCAUUUUGACACAGUGAGUUGGAAGACAUGCACCCUAAUCUUCGCAUUUCUUAUAAUAGAACACUGGUAAUUUAUUCAUUCAAAUACAACUAAAUUAGCUUACUUUCCAGCAUAUGAAAUGCAAUAUUGAAGUGCAACAGGGCCGGUUAUUUAAACACAUUAAAAAUCUGUUUAAACGCAUACAAAAUGCGUUUCCAUGCUUUUCGACAAAGGCGAUUAAACGCGUUAGAACGUUGUUUUCUAAAUUCACCUUAAUCCCCCUUUUCCCAAAUAGGGUCACAUAUUUAAACUGUUGUAGUUUGCAUACUCAGAUAAAUGAACAUGCAUGAACGUGGAAUAUAUGUGUGACAUUGACCUGAAAAUCUCCAUGAAAAUCUUGUUCCAUUGCCCACCGACCUUUCCUUCCACCUAAUCCUAAGAUCCUAAAAGCUUUCCUAAAACUCUUCCCACCAAAAUGAAGCCUACUAAAUGCCCAGCAAGAGAAAAAAAAAUGAGGCAAGAAAAGCGAAAAAAGAAGGGAGGAGAGAAAGCGAAAAGUAAAAGUCAAGACUGCUGUGUCACUUUUAAACCCAAAUUUUGCUUUCUGCGCAUGCCUGAACUUCGCAAGCUGAUAUUUUGCAUCUGGAACAGAAGGCCGCGAAGUGUACGACCUGUAAACCGGUUUGUGGUAAGUUUUAGCGCUUUAUAGCACGACAAUGACCAGAAAACCACUUGACUAGCUUCAAAACGCGUUUUUCGGCAAAAUCCCCAGGAGCGAAUGGGUUAAAAACUAAAACUUAACAGAAAAAAUGUACAAAGAAAAUGAAAAUAUUGACGUGGAGAUUCGAAUGUACACCAUGACUACCUCCUGUGCAAGAAUACAGCUCCCGGAACACUAGGCCAUGCUGGCACUGAAUAAUUAAACUGGUAAAAUUAUCACAUUUCAAGCAUUUCUCUCUGCCGUUCACACUGUUUGAAGCUUGUGGAGAUGUAUUUAUCAUGAAAUCAAAGAGACAUUUGAGGAAAAUUAACUUAAACGAGUAUUUCAAAGCCAUUUUGCAUUAUUUUGGAGUUAAUUCACCGAAGUGGGCUUAACCUCUGAUUUAUGUACAGAGCUGAGUUGAAAAGGGUUUCUAGAAACCUCAGACCUCAGACUCAGAAAACUCAGACCGAGAAAACUCAGGGCAUUGUUGAUGUGAUCCAUCGGUGACAUUGAUUGGCAGGGAAAGAACCAAUUCAUUGUGGGUUUGCCUCGGCGUAUGAUGAAUAAUUCAAAGGCACAGAUUUCAGGGAAAAGCAAGGUUUUGACGGUAAAAAUCUGGACUGAAAUGCACUUCAGAAAAACAAACAUGUCCUGUGACUAAUCAAGCCGUAAGCUUAAAGUUGUCUGUCUAUCGCGAUUUUCAAUCUUAUUUCUCUGAAUUAGCUACUGGUAUACAUUGCUUCAAUGUUCUCUGUAAAAUACUUUUGCUGUCAAAAUUAAUCAACAAAAGCAUUCAUAGCCAAAACGGCCACAAAAACAGUCAAAACAAUGCCAACCAAUGCUCCUUGAUGUCACACUGGACGUCAGUAUGGUACGCCAUCGCAACUUUGUUGCUAGGCAACUGCAGAUACCAAACCAGUGUUCCAGUUAAUUCUUUCCAGUGGGGGUCACAUAGACCAUCUGAGGGGUCACCAAGACCAUCUGCUUUUUUUCUCUCGCUAUAUUUAACUUAACACUUACAUCCCAUCUGUCGGGUCAGGAAGCCUUCUUUGUUGGUUCAUUGACCCGAAACCCAUCUCUUAUCUGGAACACUGCAAACCGAUAGAAAGAAAGAUUUAUGACCAAAGCAACAUCACACUUUGCUUGGCCACUUCAUGGGAGCCAUGUGUGAUGCAGUUUCCGACAGAUUUAUUAACCUUGCUUUGUGAGGAAUUAUCAUGUAGCUCAGAAAGAGGGAGCAAAACAUGGCAAAAGAGGGUGAGAGCAAGGGAAAUGGGUGUUAUCUACCCUCCUUGAUCAGAGGCGUCAACAAAACCUGCAUCAGACUUGAUUGAAUCAAACCCUGUAACUCUCUCAAGUUUAGAGAUAGGGUUAUGGGGGUUGAUCUGGUGGGGAAGAUACUCCCUGUACAUUAUCUUAAUUGAAAUCCAAGGUUGUUUCUAAGAAAAAUUGACCAGGGUGCCUGGCAUAUGAUUUCUAUGAGUAAACUAAGAUUCUGAUUGCCCCCGGAACAAAAAAUAGGUGCCAGGGGCCACAGGGCACUGCUAGAGCACAGUCUUGAAUUUCAAAUGAUGUUUUUACUACUUGCAUGGUAAUAGACCUUUUUACCGAUACGG